GUGUAUUCGCAAUGCUGUUUUUCCAUUCUUUACUCCCAGCCUCGUUCCUUUCUUCCCGCGCCCAUUCACUAUGCUCCAUUCAUUGGCACGCGCCCUGUCGCUCUUUCUUUUUCUUCCUCUCGUUUUUGCUGCCUCUGCUGAUGACUGGAAGUCGCGGUCCAUUUAUCAAAUAAUUACCGACCGUUUCGCUCUCUCGAACGACUCUUCACCGACAUGCAACACCGAAGACCGCCUCUAUUGUGGUGGAUCCUGGGUUGGGAUUGUUGACCAUCUGGACUACAUCCAGUACAUGGGUUUUGAUGCUAUUUGGAUUUCGCCUAUUGUUAAAAACAUCGAGGCGGAUACGGCGUACGGGUAUGCUUACCAUGGCUACUGGACACAAGACAUCAACGCUCUCAAUUCGCACUACGGUUCUGAGGAUGACCUGAAAAGCCUCGCGACUGCGCUGCAUGCACGAGGCAUGUAUCUCAUGGUCGACAUUGUGGUCAACCAUUUCGUACAGAAUCCUUCGAGCAAUUCCUCCACUCUCCCUCAAACGUUCGAUUACUCCGCCUUGACACCAUUCUCAGCCGAGACAGAUUUCCAUACGCAGUGUUUCAUUAGUGACUACACGAAUCAGACCAACGUUGAGCAGUGCUGGCUGGGAGACUCAAACCUCCCACUUAUGGAUAUCGACACAGAGAACAACACGAUUGUCGAGGAAUGGAACUCAUGGGUUACUAGUUUCGUCGAAACCUACGAUAUUGAUGGUCUCCGGAUCGACACUGUCAAACAUAUCCGCAAAGACUUUUGGCCUGACUUUGCUUCCGCGGCGGGAGUCUUCACUCUCGGAGAAGUAUUGAGUGACAAUAUCACUUACGCCAGUGACUAUACUCAGGUUUUGGACAGCGUCCUAGACUACCCAACCUGGUACCCCCUAACCGAAGCUUUCAAUACCACCUCCGGCAAUCUCUCGGCUAUUGAAAGCGCCGUCACGCAAGCGCAGUCAUCAUACAAGAACGGCCUAUUUGGCACUGGCUCUUUCUUGGAGAAUCACGACCAGCCUCGAUUCCAGUCGCACACUACCGACACGGGCUUAGUCAAAAACGCCAUCAGUUUCCCGUUCAUUCAUGAUGGUAUUCCCAUUCUCUAUCAGGGCCAGGAGCAAGGCUAUACAGGUGCUUCCGACCCUUACAACCGCGAAGCUCUCUGGUUCAGCGGAUACGAAGAAGACAAGGACCUCGUCACACACAUCAAAGCCGUCAAUACUGCUCGGCAGUUGGCCGCCAACGCCAGUUCUAGUUUUUUGACCACCAAGAUGUCCUUUGUCUCUCAAAGCGACGAAGGCGCUAUUGCCAUCUCCAAGCCUCCCAUCCUUGCCCUCUUGACGAAUGUCGGUUCCUCUGGUUCCGCGUCCUGGAGCGUUUCGGGUGUCUACGAUAAGGGGGAGACCGUGGUGGAUGUGCUGACCUGUAAAACAUAUACCGUUGACUCCAGCAGUGGCACAUUGAGCGCUUCUGCUGAAAGUGGUGCACCGCGGAUCAUUCUCCCGACGUCAGCCCUGACGACCGAUGGUACUCUUUGUACGAGUGUCGCUAGUAAAAGCGGAGCAAUGUCAGUAAACAGCGUCAGUCGAGGCGCACUAGGUAUCUCGUUGGUUGCUGGUUUGAUCUUGACAUUCUUAUAAAAGACAUUAUUUACUUAUACAUUUCCCUGGUUCUUGGGACACUGCUUGGACUAGUGGACUGUUUGAUAUAAUAACCUUAUACUGUAGACUUAAACGUUUGUACGAAAGCUUCAUUCAUAUUAGUCAUACCCGGUCUUCCCGGGAACUACUCCAGCUGCAGCCCCGCCUUUGCCGAAGAACUUCC